AUGGUUGAUCCAGAAAACGAAGUGCCUCCUCUACCUCCCAGGUACAGAUUUAGAGAUUUACUGCUCGGGGACCAGACUUGGCAAAACGAUGACAGUGUGCAGGUUGAAUUCUAUGUCAAUGAGAACACUUUCAAGGAGAGACUCAAGUUAUUUUUCAUCAAAAACCAAAGAUCAAGCCUCAGAAUACGUGUGUUCCAUUUCUCGCUCAAAGUUUUAAGCUGCUUUUUCUACAUAUGUAGAGUGGUGUUCGAGGACACACCCAGCCAGACAAACAAAUGGGGACCGAUAAUAUGGGUUGACAGAAGUCUUCCCCUGUGGGCUUUACAGGUGUUUGUUGCACUUAUAUGUCUUUUUGAGACAAUCUUGUUGACCUAUCUGAGUUACAAGGGUAACAUAUGGGAGCAGAUCCUUCGAGUCACGUUCAUACUGGAGAUGGUGAAUACGGUACCUUUCCUAAUUACGGUCAUCUAUUAUCCUCUUCGAAAUUUGUUCAUUCCAGUUUUUCUCAACUGCUGGCUGGCAAAACAUGCUUUGGAAAACAUGAUUAAUGACCUUCACCGGGCCAUCCAGAGGACACAGUCAGCCAUGUUCAAUCAAGUCCUCAUCCUGAUAUCCACACUCAUAUGUCUCAUAUUCACCUGCAUCUGUGGGAUCCAGCACUUGGAGCGUGCUGGCAACAAACUGACCCUCUUUGACUCACUCUACUUCUGUGUUGUCACAUUCUCCACGGUGGGCUUUGGUGACGUUACCCCCAACAUCUGGCCGUCCAAACUACUAGUGGUUAUUAUGAUAUGUGUAGCUCUGGUGGUCCUUCCCAUCCAGUUUGAGCAGCUGGCCUAUCUAUGGAUGGAGCGGCAGAAGUCUGGUGGGAACUACAGCCGGCACCGGGCGGAAACAGAGAGACAUGUCGUGUUGUGUGUCAGUUCACUCAAGAUAGACCUGCUCAUGGACUUCCUCAAUGAGUUCUAUGCCCAUCCCAGGCUCCAGGAUUACUAUGUCAUCAUCCUGUGCCCGACAGAGAUGGAUGCUCAGGUCCGGCGGGUCUUGCAGAUCCCACUCUGGUCGCAGAGGGUCAUUUAUCUCCAGGGCUCCGCCCUCAAAGACCAGGAUCUGUUCAGAGCAAAACUGGACAAUGCUGAAGCCUGCUUCAUUCUCAGCAGCCGCUGUGAAAUGGACCGCACUGCCGCAGAUCAUCAGACAAUCUUACGAGCUUGGGCAGUGAAGGACUUUGCUCCAAACUGCCCUAUCUAUGUACAAAUUCUCAAACCAGAAAACAAAUUCCAUGUGAAGUUUGCAGAUCACGUUGUUUGUGAGGAGGAGUUUAAGUAUGCUUUGCUGGCCCUGAAUUGCAUCUGCCCUGCGACCUCUACCCUCAUUACCCUUCUGGUGCACACCUCACAAGGCUUGGAGGGACAGCAGUCUCCUGAACAGUGGCAUAGAAUCUACGGGAAGUGUUCUGGGAAUGAAGUUUACAGCAUCCUGAUGAGAGAAAGUUUUGUCUUCUCAGAAUACGAAGGAAAAAGCUUCACAUACGCCUCCUUCCACGGGCAUAAAAAGUAUGGGAUUUGCCUUAUCGGCGUUUGUCGAGAAGACAGCAAGAGCAUCCGCUUGAACCCAGGUCCUCAGUACAUCAUGAGAUCAACAGACAUAUGCUUUUACAUCAACAUCACCAAGGAGGAAAAUUCCACUUUCAAAGCCCAGAAAGAAGGCAGGAAGAAUGGAUACAAGACACGCCUCCCUGUGCACAGCAUCCUUGCCAGCAUGGGCACUGUGGCCAUAGAUCUCCAGGACACUGGCAACAGACCCAGUUGUGGUUCCACCCUCACUCUCCCCACUGAUGCUGGUAAAGCAGGUAGCAGGAGGCCCAGCAUAGCACCUGUGCUGGAGGUGGUGGACACAUCCUCACUUCAAACAUGUGACCUCUCUAGUGAACAUUCAGAGGAUGAAAUGCUGCCCUCCAGUGAUGACCAGUUGAAUGAGGGGUAUGUUAAAGGAUAUCCUCCAAAUCCACCCUAUAUUGGUAGUUCACCUACUCUUUGUCAUUUACGGCAGCAGAAAGUGCCAUUCUGUUGUCUGAGACUGGAGAAGUGCUGUAAACACAAUUACUAUGAAGAUGCCAAAGCAUACAGUUUCAAGAACAAGCCCAUUAUUGUGUCAGCUGAGACGGCAGGAAAUGGCUUAUAUAAUUUCAUUGUACCUUUAAGAGCCUCAUACAGGCCGAAGAAAGAACUAAAUCCUAUUGUGCUACUCCUGGAUAAUCCGCCUGACACACAGUUUCUGGAGACCAUAUGCUGGUUCCCAAUGGUUUACUACAUGGUUGGAUCAAUUGAUAGCCUGGAUGACCUGUUGCGUUGUGGAAUCUCCUUUGCUGCCAAUAUGGUGGUGGUAGAUAAAGAGAGUACAAUGUGUGCAGAGGAAGACUACAUGGCAGAUGCCAAGACUAUUGUCAAUGUGCAGACACCAUUCAGGUUGUUCUCAAAUCUCAGCAUAAUCACAGAACUAACCCAUCCAGCCAACAUGAGGUUCAUGCAGUUCAGGGCUAAAGACUGUUACUCCAUGGCUCUUUCCAAACUGGAGAAGAAAGAGAGGGAGAAGGGAUCUAACCUGGCUUUCAUGUUCCGUCUACCAUUUGCUGCUGGGAGGGUGUUCAGUGUUGGCAUGCUGGACACCCUGCUCUACCAGUCCUUUGUGAAGGACUAUAUGAUAACCAUCACUAGGCUGCUCCUUGGCCUAGACACAACUGCAGGCUCUGGUUUCCUGUGUGCAAUGAGGAUUACAGAGGAAGACUUGUGGAUCCAGACUUAUGGCAGGCUCUACCAAAAGCUCUGUUCAUCCGUAGGAGACAUCCCCAUUGGGAUCUAUCGGACUGAGUCCCAGAAACUUGAUGCCACACAUGUUCAGCUCUCAUUGAGCGUGGAUGACUUUGAGGAUGCAAAAGAGCCAAGGAACCCGUCGCAUACCACACACAGCUCCAUGUCCAGUGAGCUAUCAGAUGCCAAGCCUCUGCUGCGCAGGAAGAGCAUACAGUGGGCACGGCGCCUUAGCCGCAUGGGUCCUCGCUUCUCCAGUCGAGGGGCAGAAAGAGCUGGGCAGCAGCGCCCUGGCUUUCCCCCACGCUCCGAGAGGCAGGAAUUGGUGGAGUUGGUGAGGAAACGCAUGCAGAACCUGGGACUCUCCACAGCUGGAUAUGAUGAAAUGAUUGACAGCCAGAGCAGUCACUCUUAUGUCUUAAUCAACCCACCACCUGAUACUCGACUGGAACUCAAUGACAUUGUGUACAUCAUCCGUGUGGAUCCACUGUCAUUUGUGCCAGAGGACUUAGGCAGCAGGAAAAGCAGUUUUGGGAACAGUGUGUGGACUAGUGAAAAUGCCCCUAAAAUGGAGAGUCAGCUCUGAGCUCAGAGCAUCGGUCCCCUUAUCCAUCCCUCACUUUAUUUAUAGUUAUUGUUGUUUCCCUCCUCAGGCAGUUUUUGCACUAAUUUACAAUCUGGUCACACUCAGAAACCACUUAAUUCAUUUAUACACUUUAUUCAAUCACUUUAUCACAUUACUCAUGUCAGUAAUUCACCUCGUGCUGAAUAGUGUGAUGGUCUCAAGGGUUACCAGUGCUCAUCCAAUUAACGUGUUGUUUGCAUGUCAUCAUAAGAAGGCCUGGAACUUAUUUUGUUCAAGCUGCUGUUCCUGUGCCUGCCUCAUGAUGUAAUGAUGAGGAGAACCUGCUGCUGGUUUGUGGCAUCAGAGCAUUUGUUGCCUCCACAUCAGAAUGAAUGAAAGUACUGAUCAAACGUAACCAUGCUGUACACUCCUAUUAUCUCAUUUUAUGUCCGACUGCACAUUUUGAACCGUGCAGUGCCUGCUGCAUUAACAGUGCUAAUUUUUAAAAAGAUGUUUAUAUAUUUAAUUUAAUUUAUUUUUUGUGUCAAAUAAUUAGUUUGCGUUUGAGAUUAUGCCAAAACGCCAUUGUACCAUAUACAACCUCCUCUACUACACUCGUGAACUAUCUGUGCUGUUCAAAACCAGUAUCACUACAUGCACAUUAGACCUGAACAGUAGCCUGGUUAAUUAAUUUCUCUAUGUACCUUCCAUUAGUUAGCAUGUCUCAACAAUCAUGACACAUAACUCACGACUCAUUGCGUGUUUGGUCUGACUCAUACAAGCAGGAACAUAUUCUGUGAGAGAGCGUUUUUAGGAGCCUUAGAACCCAGAGCACUGCAAAGUCUUAUUUUGCGCAGUCUGAUUUGCUUUGCUUCCCUGAUGAUUCUGAUAUGGGUUGGCGAUCAUUCAGUGAUCAUUCAGGUUUUCAGAUCUCCUGUUUGAGCAGUAUUGCAGCACUUUCACAGUCACAGGAAAGGAUUUAUGGUGUCGACUGAAUGUCACAUGCGUGUUUGUAUAUAUGCAAAAUAGGUGAUGGCUUGGGCAUGAAGUAUGUAACUUAGUAGUCUCAUUAUGUCAGUGUGCUCAUUGAUUGUGUCAGCCAUAUUAAAGAUACAAAGUACAAAGCU